CGGGGCCGCGGUUCGGUGGGUUGGGGUUGUGCAGUUGAGGUCGGUCGUUUUGUGGCAGCUCUCGUUCGUCUCGCCUGGGGCAGCCUGACUCGCACCGCAUGGAGAUCUCCCUCAAGUGCCUGCCCGGUGGGCGGGCUCCCAGCUGCGGAAAUAUGAUGGCUCAGUCAGAUCUAGAUCUAAAAGAGACGGCUCUAAAAGAGGAUUUGAAGUUUUACUUCAUGAACCCCUGUGACAAAUACAGAGCAAGACACCAGAUACCAUGGAAGCUGGCUUUGCAGAUUUUGAAGAUAGUUAUGGUGACCUCUCAGCUCGUCUUCUUUGGUUUGAGUAACCAGUUGGUGGUUUCUUUCAAAGAGGAGAACACUGUUGCUUUUAAACACCUAUUCCUGAAAGGCUAUUCUGGUGUCGAUGAGGAUGACUACAGCUGCAGCAUAUAUACCCAACAGGAUGCUUAUGACAGCAUAUUUUAUGUUAUUGAUCAGUACAGACAAUUAAAGAACAUAUCCCUGGGGACGCUUGGAUACGAACAUGAUGGAUCUGGCUUAAAAAUUUGUAAACAGCAGUACAGGAGAGGUGGGAUGCUUCCUUCCAGUGACAAGCCAAACAUAGACGUUUCUACAGAAACAGACUGUAUUAUCUUAAAGCCCCAGGAGCUAGCCAGUAGGAAUGCUGAAGAGAAGUUGAACUCUUCAUUCUUCAACCUUGAAUUUUACAGGCUUAUACAGGUUAAAAUCUCCUUCAAGCUGAAAGGUGUUGCCCUGCAAACAAUCCAUGCCCGUGAAUUGCCUGACUGCUAUGCAUUUCAAAAUACUAUUACUUUCAACAAUAGAGCUCACAGUGGAAAAAUCAAAAUCUAUUUUAAUAGUGAUACUGAUAUUCAAGAAUGCAAAGACUGGCACAUACUUGGUUCUGUUCUCCAGAAAAACAGUUUGUAUAUCCUAAUUUUUGAUGGGUUUGUCAUCUUAAAUUGCUUAGCAUCUCUUAUCCUCUGCUCACGGUCCGUUGUUCUUGCCUUGAGGCUCCGACAAAGAUUUGUUGACUUCUUCUUGGAGAAAUACAACCGUUGUGUCAGUUACACUGAUCGCAUGGAGUUCAUAAAUGGAUGGUAUGUCCUGGUAAUUAUCAGCGAUGUGAUGACAAUCACUGGGUCAAUCCUAAAAAUGGAGAUAAAAGCCAAGAAUCUCACAAGUUACGAUGUCUGCAGCAUUUUACUUGGAACGUCAACUUUAUUUGUCUGGGUUGGAGUCAUCAGAUACCUGGGAUAUUUUCAAACUUACAACGUGCUCAUUUUAACUAUGCAAGCAUCAUUACCCAAAGUGCUAAGGUUUUGUUGUUGUGCUGGGAUGAUUUAUCUUGGCUAUACUUUCUGUGGUUGGAUUGUAUUGGGACCAUAUCAUGAGAAGCUCUACUCUAAGCUGUACUGACCUGUAAUCUCCAAAGCAACGUGGUUUCUGAUGGUGCUCGGAUGGGGCAGGGUCUGGCUCGGCUGAAGGUGCGUUGCUCUGUUCUCUUUCGCCCUCUUCUGGUAAUUCCGGUUGCAUUUGGGAUGAAGUUCACUGUCACUGUUAGAUUUCUGGGAAUCUCAUAAGCUCUGACUUUGUUCUCUUAAGUUUUUUCCCAAGCAAUGUAACUUCAGCCAUUAAAUCUAAAAUGGACUAAAAUGGAGGAAUUGCUUAUUUUUCUGUGUUUACUUUGCUUCCUGUGAGGGUAUGUUUUGUCUGAUAUCAAGUUUGAACAAGCAAUGUUUACCUUGGACAUUCCUCUUCUUGUCAGAAACCUUAGUACAGUAGAAAAGCUUUGUAUAUUUCAAAAUACAUGAAAACAACUGUUAAUUUGAGGUCCUUUCCACGGACAAAAAAGAAGGGCAGAUUGCUAAUGUGAUAAAUUCUAACUAUCCAUAAAUGAGUAACAAAUAUAUGACUUAUUCUUGGGUCUGUUUUGUUUUUUAAUUUUCUGGUUACAUUCACUGUGUAGUAAUGAAGAUGCAUGUUGCAGUGCUUGUUUCAGCUUCUUGUACUCCCAGAGUUUGAAUUCCUCAAACUUGGUGUAAUUUUCUCUUUUAAGAAAUGUAGAUGCUCAGUCUGUGUGUAUUUCAACUUGAUAGCAAUGCAUUUUUCUGGUAUGCUAUAUGCUGUAAAAUGAUUUGUAAUGGUGCAGACUAACUUCUUUGUGAGAGACAUAGCCCAAAUGCUGUUCUUCCUACUUCCCUGCAACCUCUGCAGCACUUAACACUGGUUACCUGGGCAAAAGGAAGCAUGGUUAAUAAUACACCUAUCCAUGGGAAGUUAACUCUUUCACAGGUCCUUAUAGAGAGAAGCAACUGUAGUUCUGCAGGGUUUUGGGUGUUGUUUAUGAAUGCUUCUGCACAGCUCCACUGGAAGGCAGUGUGGUGCUGUGCAGUCUUGUGGGUGGGGCAGGCAGCCUGCUUGCUGUGCAACCUGUCUCUUCUGAGCUGUGCAUGUAUAGAGGUCUAUACGUGUUCUCAGAGGUCUGAAAACCUUAGCUAAAAAAUACAGGUAUGGCUGAGUUUUCUUUUUAGUAACUCCCUCCUUCCCUUCUGUAACUGAAGUCAAGGAGAGAACAAAAACCUGUUCGCAGUGUAGCAACAAUUUGGAGGGCUUGUAGAUGAACUCUGCUUAGCAGGCUUCUCUCUGGCAUCACAACUCAGCAGUUUCUCAAGAAUUAUUUGUGCCAUGCCUCUUGUCUUCCUAGAUAAGGAUAUGCUGCUGGGUCUCACAGUACACUUAAAAAUAUAGAAUUUAAGGAAAAGAAGGAUGAGCAAUAUUUAAAAAAAAAAAAAAAAAAAAAACACAAAAAAGCAGACCUGUCGUUCUUGUCCAAUAGUAUGUUUUCCUUAUAAGCAUAUACAUCUUGAUAACUUGGUUUCAAUAUAGGACUGUGACUGUAGUCGUGUUACUUCACUGUAACACGAGUGAGUUAACACUUAAUGUUGCGCAUUUACUCACGUUUGCUCACAGAGUAUUGCUAGCAGACUUGGUUAUUUGCAGAGGCAGAGGGGAAGUGUACUUACCUGGUCAUUGUGCACAGUUUAGCUUCAGAGCUUGGGGAAAGGAAAUCAGAUAUUUGAGAUAAUGCCCUUGAAACGAAACCAUAAUUCUACCCAGACAACUCCUCAGUCACUGUAACUUGGAGAUUUGGAGCUACAGCUCAGAGGGCUUUCUGAAUGGCAGAUGAUGUUAUUGCAAAAUCUAAAUAACUGAUCACUACAGAGAAAAUUUAUUGGCGUCUUUACCUGUUGGGCAACGCAGGGUGUUUCUUGAGAAUAAAUCUAUAUUUCUGGUGUUGGUGUAAAGUGCUCAGAAUUGUGUAGCAAUAUAAUCAUGGUUAUUGCUGACGUCUGUGUUUCAGUCUGAAUGUGUGGAAAAGAAACAAAGUAUGUUAGUGUUGGAAUGUUUUGGAUGGCUUUUUUUUUUUUUUCCCCUGCUUAAAAAAAUACUUUUG